CGAUGCUGUUUUCCCAGUUUCUCAACUAAUAAUUACAGAGUGUGAAGUUUCUAUUUUCUUCGAAUAAGAAAAAUGGAAGAAUCUUCCUCUCUUCACUCUUUGAAAAUAAUGCAUGAACGCAAAUUGCUCAACCGAAUAUUUGUCUCUCUAUACGGAUUUGCCAUUAUAGCUUUGUUCUACCACCACUUGCUCACAUUAACCGCAGUUCCCCCGCGCGGCCGUCUGUCGAUUUUCAUGUUGAUAUCCGAUUUCAUUCUGGCAUUCAUGUGGUUCACAUCACAAUCAUUCUUCAUGAACCCAGUUACUCGUCAACAGUUCCCUGGAAACCUCAAACAAUGGGUGGACAAUAACGAUUAUCUGGCAAUUGAUAUAUUCAUAUGUACGGCGGAUCCGUUCAAGGAGCCGCCGUUGACUACUGUUAACACGGUUUUAUCUGUUUUGGCUUAUGAUUAUCCGAUGGAGAAACUUUCGGUUUACGUAUCGGAUGACGGAGGAUCGAAGCUCAUUUUGUUUGCUCUAAUGGAAGCGGCGGAAUUUGCACAGAAUUGGGUGCCUUAUUGCCGGGAAAAUAAGAUCGAGCAGAGGUGUCCGGAGGAGUAUUUCCGGCGAAACCAUACUAUAACUUCUCAAUUUCAGAUUAUUGAGAAUUUGUACUUGGACAUGAAGAUGAGGAUAGAGAAUGUUGCUGAGAGAGGUGAGGUUGUUGAUGAGUGUAUUAGUGACCCACAACAACGUCAAGCUUUUAGCAAAUGGACCAAAGGAUUCACUCCCAAAGAUCAUCCUGCUAUAAUCCAGGUAUUAUUGGAAAGUGACAAAGAUAAAGACAUCAAAGGUUACUCAAUUCCAAAUCUCAUUUAUGUAUCUAGAGAGAAAAGCACAACCUCACUUCAUCAUUUCAAGGCUGGGGCACUCAAUGCUUUGCUCAGAGUCUCAGAAGCAAUGACAAAUGCACCAAUAAUUCUGACUCUUGAUUGUGACAUGUACUCAAAUGAUCCUCAAACGCCUCAGCGCGUCCUUUGUUACUUUUGUGAUCCUUCAAUUAGGUCUAAAUUAGGGUAUGUUCAGUUCCCUCAACGAUAUCAUGGACUCAACGACGAUGAUUUAUAUGGUGGUGAUAAUGUACGUACAUUCCGAAUUUCACCUUCAGGCUUGGAUGGUCUUGGUGGCCCUGAUAACUGUGGAACUGGCUGUUUUUUCAAUCGUCGUGCUCUUUUUGGUAGCCCAUCAUCAGUUACAUCACUAGAACACUCUGGAGAUAGCCAUACUCGAAGUAUGGCUAUCUCCAGUGUGUCAGUCGUUGAGAUAGCUAGUCAUGUUGCUAGCUGCAACUACGAGUACAACAACACCGAGUGGGGUACCAAGGUGGGGAUCAAGUAUGGAACACUUGUAGAAGACAUAUACACAGGUUAUAUGAUGCAUUGUGAAGGGUGGGAUUCAAUAUUUUGCGAUACUGAAAGGCCUGCAUUUUUAGGUGAAGUACCGAUUAAUUUAGAAGAUGUACUAAGCCAGGUUAAAAGAUGGGCUUUUGGACACCUUGAAGUUUUGUCCUGUAAAUACAGUCCAUUGACAUUUGGAACCAAAGCUCUGGGAAUUUUGAGGGCAAAUUGCUACAUACAUUAUGUUUUCUGGCCAAUUUGGUGCAUACCGGUCACUCUAUAUGCCUCCGUUCCACAACUAAGUCUCCUCAACAAUAUUUCCAUCUUUCCCAAGGUUUCUGAUCCAUGGUUCUUCUUGUAUGUCUUCCUAUUCUUUGGAGCCUAUGCACAUGAUUUUGUACAGUUCAUAUUGUUCAAAGGUACAACGAAAAGGUGGUGGAACGACCAAAGAAUGUGGUACGUGAAGGCAUUGUCACCUUUUCUUUUCGCCUCAAUAGAGUACCUAACAAAAAAGUUAGGCAUCACGACAAAAGGAUUCAACGUUACAAGCAAAGUAGUAGGGCAGGAUGAAAGAAAAAUGUAUGAUCAAAGCGUCUUCACAUUUGGAAUUCCUUCACCUAUGUUUGUGCCAUUAGCAACAGUAUCGAUCAUCAAUCUGAUAGCAUUUGUCAAAGGAAUCAUGACAGUAAUCUUUAGGAUGGAAAGUUUAGACGAAUUAUUCAUCCAACUAUUCAUUGCCGGAUUUGCAGUUGUCAAUUGCUUGCCGAUUUACGAGGCAAUGUUACUUAGAUCUGAUCAUGGUAGAAUGCCUAAGAAAAUAGUCAUUACUUCCUCUGUUCUUGCUGGGGUGCUCUGCAUUGCAUUUUCCUUAAUUGUAAGUUGAAAUUCCCUUUGUUGUAAAAAUAAUGUCAACAAAUUUAGUU